AUGCAACAACAGCAACAACAACAACAACAACAACAACAACAAUUAUUAACUCCACAACAGCAGCAACUAUUACAACAAAGACAACAACAUCUACAACAACAACAAUUAUUACAACAACAACAACUACAACAACAACAAUUAUUGCAACAACAGCAAUUGGCGCAACAACAACAACAACAACAACAACAGAAUCAACAAUCCCAACAACAAAAUUUACAAAAUCAAAACCCACAGGCUCAACAACAAGCACAACAACAUGCUCAACAAACUCAGCAACAACAACAGCAGCAGCAACAGCAACAACAACAGUUAAUGCAACAGCAAUUAAUGCAACAGCAGAUAAUUUUACAACAGUUACAAAUUCAUCCAACCAAUACACUCACAUCUGUUCAACAACAAUAUUUGUUAGAGCAAUACGAUAAUUUAUUAAAACAUGUUAGUAUGGUUAGAUCUAAUGUUUCAGACUUUUUUAAUUCUUUUAUAGAAGAGGCAAAAUCACAAAAAACCACCAUCAGCAAAGACGAGAUGAAAAAGAAAUUAAGGAAAUCUAUGGAAUAUUUAUUCACAUCAAUUGGAUCUAUAGAUAAGGUAUCACAUAAAAUAUCAACAUAUUCAUUUCAAAUUUCAUCAUCAAAUUUCACAUCACAAGAGGCAUUAUGGGCAUACUCAACAGGUGUUUAUGAUUCAAAGAAUAUAUUGGCUCAGUUAGAAUUGCGUACCGAAAAUUACUGGAGAUCAACAACUUCUUAUAAAUCAGAUAUGGCAUUGUCAAAGCUUGAAGAUAAGCUAAAGUCUUCAUUCCCAAUUAUUUUCCAAGAGGAAGAAGAGUCAUCCUCAUUAUCGAAAAAGAGAAAACAAAUUUCAACUACACUAACCAAUACAUCACCAGUUACAUCAACUACUACACCCUCACCAUUAUUUAAAUUGCCAUCAACACCAUUGAUAACAACACCGCCUUUAUCAUACGAUUAUUUUACAAAUAUUGAAAAGGUUAUUCAUUCACAAAGACAAGAGUCUGCUUUAGAGUUUUUCGAAAUCCAAAAGCAAUCAUUAGGUGCACCAAAGGGUUUAUUUGUCGAGUGUCCCGAUGUAUUCAAAUGCUUAAUUUGUUUUGGAAUACCAAAUGAUAAAAAAGAAUGCUUUACAAUUGACAGAAUUUCAUUUUUUGGUAUAAAAGAAAAUUUUGAUUCUUUAUGGGCAUCAUCAAAAUAUAAUAUUUUUAAAAAAAUUUCAGAAAAUUCAUUCGAGGCUAUCAGUUAUUAUUCAGCAAAUCCAAAUGGUUCAAUUUUAAAGAGUGUUUUAUCGUGGAUAUGGUCUUUUAGAGGUUUGUUUUUAGAAGAGUGCAAGGGUUGUAAUGAUAUUUUACAUUUAGACUCAACUCAAUAUAUGUAUUUGCCACCUUCAUUUAGAACUUUUGAUAACUUUACACCCUACCAUCCAUCAUGUUACCAAAAUAGUUUAAACUGCAAAGAUAAACAAAAUAGUAAAGAAAUGAAUAUAAAUUCAAAUAGUGUUUUAUAA